AUGACCGUCCCCAGCAUUGGGGACAUCUUGGUGCUGUCGCAGAAGGCUUGGAAGAUUGGACGAACCUUUUCUGCCUGCCAAAGGAAUGCACCAGUGGAGCUUCAAUAUGUUGAGACGGAAAUCGGCAGCCUCGCAAAAUCAUUGGCAUCGUUGGCAGAGACGCUACACACAGAGUCUGUGGGACAGCUGUUACGGGACGCUGAUCAGGAAGUAAAAGAUGGCGUCGGUACCAUCCUGAGAUCUUGUCAACGGACAGUAGACGAUCUUGACUCGCUGGUCGACCAAUACCAAGUCAUCAAGAAGCAUCGCACGGUCGGCGGUUUUGCGAUCGAGCGCUCGUGGAGCGAUCUAGUAUUAGCUUCGUACAGAACCAUGAUCUGGACCCCUGAGGGUGGAAAACUUGGAGAUCUAAGAGAGAUGUUACAGAUACAUACGAGCUCUAUCGACUUGUUGAAGGAGGCAUUACAAAGGCUAUCCAUGGCUCGUCUAGACAGCGUGGUCACACCAAUGGCAGAGCGAAUCGAUAAUAUGCACCAUGCGGCUGGGAGUAUCGAUCAGCAGUUAGACGAAGUACAUCGCAUGGUAGAAGACCUAAUGAUUGCACCACACACUUCGCAGGUGCCGCCCGUACCAGCAAAGAACCCCGCGCGUUCACCAACUACCGAAAACCCCGAACCAUUGAGCCACACGUAUCACGCUCUCUCUUCUCCAACAUCUCCGCACAGAGUGCAAAAUAUCAAAGUCUCUCUACCGCAAAUCCCUCAUCACUCGAAAUCACCCGAACAGUCCCCGCUGGUCAGAUUCGACCAUGAUGUUCUUAUUCCGUCAUCUCCAACGGAAACUAUGUCUGCCUCCGGAGCAUCAUCGCCUACUCAGAAACGGGUGUCGGAAUUCAGCUUUGGUGGCUCAUCGUUGCGGUACUCCAGCAGCAGCUAUGCAUCAUCUGAUGCUGGUACAAGCUCAAUUGGUUGGCAAAGUCCAUCUCCGUUGCUGCACGACUCACAUCUGAGCAGACAGCAUUCAGCAUCGACUAAGAAAACCUCGCCUCUUCCACGGACACCGGAAAUAUGCGAGCCGGGUCAGAAAGCUGACAAUCGACAUCACACGCUACUUCCACCACCCGCUAUGAAGCUGGACUCACUCUAUGAGCUCGAGAGGACACCGACCCAAAUCUCACAUGCCAAACUCAGUCCUUAUCCUUCGUCGCAGCCAGAGAUCAUGAAACUUCACAGAAGCUCAACUACUACUAGUCAAAAAGCUGCUUUUGAGAAGGAAGCUUUUCGCAACUCUGCUAUUCUAUGUGAUGUCCGCGGUUCGCUCGUCGAGUAUUCACACAGGAUCAAUCAGGACGACCCCAGAGACGUUGAGAUGAUUCAGGCUUCCGAAGAGUGUAGGAUCGCCGUGGUACGGAAACGCAUUACUGACCCUGAGUCCAAAGUAGUACGCGUUGUAACUUCCGUAUGGGCAUUUAGCGACGACAACACCACCCGCGUGGAACUGCGCAUGGAAGACGACCAGAUGUACAUCCCCUACUCUAGCUACUUCAACGUAACUAAAGUCUCCAUCACUGUACCCUGCGAGCUUAAAUUCCACGACGUCAAGCACGGCAAUCGGCCAGUACGUGUAGAGAAGACAAGCUGGGUCAACUACGUCUUCGACUCACCACAAGCGGCCGCACUCUUCCAAAACGAACUAAUGGGCCGUACCCUCCUCGCGACAUUCCGAACAGAGAAAACAAUGCGCAUCCACGAAGGCCUCUCCAAAUCCUUCUCCUACGCCGAGCAAAUGUGCGGCCUGGAAAACCUCCGCGUCUGGGAAGACAACGAUACAGGCGCCAUCAUCGCUCUGAUUCAUUUCUCCGCCGAUUUCAGAAACGGUUAUCUAGCCUUCUACCUCAACUCCUCCGUCAACCCCAUCAAAGUGAAAGAUGGCGGGGACCGGGAGGUGAAGAUAAAGGGUCUGAGGGUGCCGAUUGAUCGGGGGGAUAGCGCGAUGAGGAAGGAUAGUUUUGCGGAAGCUGCGACUGUCAAAGGGAAAGGGAAGGAGAAGGCGGGGAGUGGGAAAAGUGUGGAGAAGGAGAAGGUCAUUAGUGGAGCGAAGAUUGAGUUUGCGACGGAGAUGGAGAAGAGGGAGUUUUUGGAUAUGUGUAGGGAGAUGCAGAGGGAGUUGAUAGAGUUGCCGGAUUUAUUGGGCGUUAAUUGAGGAGAACGGUGUCACGAUUAGAUCGUUGGGGUGUAGACUCAUCGAUUGGUUGUACUACAAUUUUAUGGAUCGCCAGAGCGUUUUCUUGGUAUGGUAUGGUGUUUCGUAGAGCUUCCACUCGCCUUCGCUCCAGAAGUUGUGAUAGGCUUCUCUAUGGUAUCUAUCCAACUGAGCCGGCCCCCCCAGUGAGAACGGGCCUACGCUUAAAAUCAGCCAAGACUUGCUCGAAAAG